GGAAACCGGGGUUCUGUGUCUGUGCGUCAUAACUUUGAAGGGGGCAGUGAGGGAAAUAGCCCCAACCCGCCACUCCAGUCCCCCUCCCCCAGGCUCCUGGGUGUCCUUUUUCUCCAUCUCCUCUCCCCUCAUCUGUCCCACUCAUAUUUGUCUCUCUGUCCACCCACUCCUGGGGGGGCCUUCCCCAUCUCUCCUCCAGGCCCCCCAGGGAAGGGGAAAGGAGUUUGGGGCAGGGGUGCGUUGGUCUCUAUGGUUUUAUAUAUAAUAUAUUAAAAAAAAUCAAAAAUCUGUAUGAAAAAUAUCAGAUUGCACCCCUCCCCCAUUCCUGACUUUUGCCCUUUUUCUUGUUUUAGAAAAAAAAAACAAACAAACACCCAUUUUGUACGGGGUGGGGAGGGGAAGGGGGAGGGGGUUUUGGCAAUCCCACUAACCACCAUUAAACUGAGGAGAGAACAAACUUUUGGGGUGGCGUGUGUCUGUCCCCCUGCCCAGAGUUGGCCCAGUUGGAAGGAGGCGGGAGGGAAUGUGUGAUGGUCGCUGUUGGACAAGCCGGGCCAGGAGAGGAGCUGCUCUCUGAAGACACCCCUCACUUUCCUGAGAAGAUGGAUCUCCCGUGGCCAUUCUCCAGCCAAAUGCUCAGUCUUUUCAGUAGCCCCUGAGCUACUAAAAGAUUCAGUAGUCCAUGAACCUGGACUUCUUCCCACCUGCUCCCAAUCCAGACAUCUCCAGGGGAGCUUUCAAUUAUACUCCAUCCUGCUCGAAACCUCACCCAAUGACCAGAGAGAAAAUAUGGUGGGUCGGGAGCUUGCCUUGCAUGUGGCUGACUGGGGUUCCAUCCCUAGCAUCCUAUAUGAUCCCUAGGAGUGAUCCCUGAAUGCAGAGCCAUGAGUAAGCCCUGAGCAUCGUUGGAUGUGACCUAAAAAUCCCAAACAGAAAAACAAACAAAAACCCCAAGUUCCCCAUCAUCUCUUGAACAGGCUAAAACUCAGCCUGGCCUUCCAGCGCUUCUCAUUCCUUCCUUCAGAUUUUAGGUAAGUCAUGCUAACUCUGACUUCUUACUUUGUGUCUGGUGCUCCAAGACUGAAGCGCCAAGUUCUGGCAACAGGUCAACAGGUUAGGUAUUCUUCAAUUUAGCAUUAGUGUGGAAUCCAGUCGGAAGUUCCUUUUACCCCAGCUCCUACAACAGUCUACUCCCAGCCCUUCUUAAUUAAGCCACACUCCACUCACUUCCCUAAAGCAAAUCUGGAUGUGCUCUUUGAGAAAAGAUUAAGGAAAACCUCUCAGAUUUGCAUCUAGACUGAGAUCUGAAAGGAGUACUUUCCAAGAUAAAGUGCUUUCAGUCAGUGGGUUUAGGAAAACAAAAGACCUAGUCAGGAGUUGAGAAAUACCCUGCAAGGUUCUGGGGGAAAUGGGGCUAGAGAGCUAUGGGGGGAGAGAGGUGGGCCAACCCAGUGUUGUAGCCCCAGACUUCAAGAUGGAGGGGAUCCCGGGAGUCCUUUGUGGAGUGAAAGCUGGAAUGUGAGUCACUUUCCCCUGGCAGUUUGUAAUGCUUCCGGGGCUUCUAAUACUCUGCAUAAAGUCUGAGCUCUUAAGGUCACCUGGAGAAGCCGUGCCCUCUGCAGUUUGGUUUCAAGCACACUUAAGCUGCUUUCUGUUCCUUAAGCCAUGCACUCUCCCGCCCCUUUAGAAGUGUGGCCCUGUUCUCUGUGCCAAAAAUCUCCCAUUCCAAUUGGCUUCUAUUCAUCCUUGGCCCAUAGCUCAGGUUGGGGCAGGUGGUGUCUCACACACACAGCUUUCUGUGCUCCACUUCGAGGUCUGGCCACUCUGGCUUGUGUGGUUCUGAUUACUUGUGCCUCUUCUUUCUCUGACUUUGGGUGUGUGAGGACGAGGACCAGGCAAGCCUUGUUCUCUGCGGAACCUACAGUGCUCACCAGAUUGAGCCGGACACCUUGGUGAGCAAUAAAAUACUUAUGUUGGGGGACGAAGAGAUAGUACAGCGGAGAAGGCAUUUGCUCAACUCGGGUUCGAUCCCAGUUGUCCCAUAUGGUUCCCUCAGUCCCUCGAAGAGUAAUUCCUGAGUGCAGAGUCAGAAGUAACCCCUGUGCAUCGCUGGGUGUGGCCCAAACACCCCCUGUCCCCAAUAUUUAUGGGGGUGAGGAUGGGGUGGUUUGGUAAAGGUCUUGGCUCUUGGGUCCCAUUUUGGUUAAAUAAAGUGAUCAACUCAAGUCCAACCUCUCCUUGCUAGUCCGCAGUCUGUGUGCGCAUGCGCUUGGCUCAGGUAGCCGCCGCCCCGCCCCCGCAUAUGCUAAUCACCGCACUGUCGGGUCCUGCCUCUCAGGGAAACAUGCAAAUCAUCCACGCAGCGCCCGAGGCCUCCCCAUUGUCCUGCGCCAAUAUUAUGCAAAUAAGGCCCCAGUCCCGGGAUCGAAGCUGGCGGCCCUGCCCCUCCCCCCCGUAGGGUAUCCUAGUUUCUAGAGCCUUGAGGUUCGGCUCACGCACGCGCAAGCCCUGAAUUUUCUGGUUCCGGCAGGCUUGCGGACUGUACCAAGUAGACCCUGACGAUGAGGGGCAAAGUCCGGACCCCCUUUCGCGGGCGUCGACGUCGGCCCGACUCGGAGAGCCCCUCUCCCGAUGAUGCCACAGGAACGGUCCAUAAACGCUGCGCAAGCGCCCUCGGCUCCGUACGCCCCUCGCGCUCCCUCACGCCCCUCUGGUAGCGCAGGCGCAGGAGCCCGGGCGUGCAGCCGCCGCCGCCGCCGCCGCCGCCGCCGCCGCGUACUAGGAACGGGCACCGCCGCCGUCGCCGAAAAUGGACUGUUCCCGGGGUCCUGGAGAGAUGGUUCAGAGAUGGACUACGUGGCACUCCAUAUAGUCCCACGAGCCUGGCAGGAGUGAUUCUUGAGUGCAGAACCAGGGAUAAGCCCCUAGCACCGCCUUUGGCCUGCGUUAGAAAGUUGUGAGCAAAGUUGUGGCUGUGAAGAGCUGGCCGGGGAGGGACAUUGCCCAGCCGCUGCUCUGCUCCUGUCUCCAGUCCCCUCUCCCGGCCAUGACAGAGACCCGUGAGCCAGCUGAGACUGGGGGCUACGCCAGCUUGGAAGAAGACGAUGAGGACCUCUCUCCAGGCCCUGAGAGGUCCUCAGACUCCGAAUAUACCCUCUCAGAGCCAGACUCAGAAGAGGAAGAGGAAGAGGAGGAGGAGGAGGAAGAGACCACUGAUGACCCCGAAUAUGACCCUGGCUACAAGGUGAAGCAGCGCCUAGGGGGCGGCCGAGGGGGUCCAUCCCGCCGGCCCCCCCGAGCAGCCCAGCCCCCAGGGCCCCCUGCCCAGCCUUGCCAGCUCUGUGGCCGAUCACUCCUCGGGGAGGCACCACCGGGCACCCCACCUUGCCGACUCUGCGGCCCUGCUUUGGCCCCCCAGGAAGCACCAGGCCCUGAAGGCCGGGUCCUUGGGGAGGAAGAGGAAGAGCUGCCUCGGGCUGGGGAGGGCCGGCCCACAGGGAGGGAGGAUGAGGAGGAUGAGGAGGACGAGGAGGGCACGUACCAGUGUACCGAGUGUGAGGAUUCCUUCGACAACCUUGGGGAGUUGCAUGGCCACUUUAUGCUGCAUGCCAGGGGGGAGGUAUAGGCAGAGCCCCCUGACCCAGGGAGCUUGGCAGAAGGACUGGGAGGUGCCCAGGGGGCUGAGGAAACUGGGCUGUUCUCUGGGGUUGUGGCGGGAUGGGGGACCGCUCAUCUGUGUUGUGCUAGCAGUAGAUGUGUGAAGGCCGGAAUAAAAGCCAAAUUCUGUGUG